ACGGUCUGCGAUCUUAAUUUAGGAAGCAGCGAAAGCAGGGCCCGCCAUAUAUCUGUUGGGGAAGGAAAGAGACAAGAGAAUAUAGAAACCACACCCACCGUCGUGUAGCAUAUUUAAGAACAAAUGUCCCGCUAAACCUCUGUCCUCUGUGCAAUUUAAAUCCCUAUGUUUCAUCGUUUCCCCUGCAGACCCCAUUUCUGUUUUUGUUCAUUUUUUUCCCACUCAAGAAGUAGGCUCUUUUAACUGACAGCUCCCCAAUUUUCGUUGAUUUUUUUUUUUUUUUAAUUUAAGAAAUUCUGGGAGUGUCUCAAAAUUCGAGAAAUCUGUUGAUUUUAGCUGGGAUUUUUGCGUUGGUGUUGUGAGUUUAUGGCUUAAUUCAAGCUGGGAGACUGAAAAUCGAGCAGGGUUUUUGAUGAAUUUUUGGCGGGGAUGGUGAAUAACCGGGAAGAUGGGGAGAAAAACCCGUCGAUUGGAGGCAACAGCGGCGUUACCAGGUCAUGGGGCACCACGUUUUCGGCUCAAUCUGUGUCCACCAGCGGCAGUGUUGGGUCGCCGUCAAGCCGGAGUGAGGCUGCCAUGGCGACUCCAGCCAGUGAGACCACUUUUGCUAGGCUAGAUAGCCUUGACAUUCAUGGUGAUGAUGCCGGAUCUCAACGCAGUGCUGCUGGGAAGAAGAAAAGAGGCCAGCGAGCAGUGGGAGGCGAUAAGAGUGGUAGAGGACUGCGGCAGUUUAGCAUGAAAGUAUGUGAGAAAGUGGAAAGCAAAGGAAGAACCACAUAUAACGAGGUAGCAGAUGAACUUGUGGCUGAAUUUGCUGAUCCUAACAAUAAUUUUGCAUCGCCAGAUCAGCAACAAUAUGAUGAGAAAAACAUUCGAAGGCGCGUGUAUGAUGCUCUAAAUGUCCUUAUGGCAAUGGAUAUUAUUUCAAAAGAUAAAAAGGAAAUCCAGUGGAAGGGUCUGCCACGAGCAAGCGUAAAUGAUGUUGAAGAGCUAAAGACUGAGAGUCUUGGAUUGAGAAACAGGAUUGAAAAGAAGGCGGCCUAUUUAGAAGAACUGGAGGAACAGUACACAGGUCUUCAAAACCUCAUAAAACGAAAUGAGCAGUUAUAUAGCUCUGGAAAUACUCCAAGUGGUGGUGUGGCUUUACCAUUUAUAUUGGUUCAGACUCGUCCUCAUGCAACUGUUGAAGUGGAAAUAUCAGAAGAUAUGCAAUUGGUGCACUUUGACUUUAACAGCACUCCCUUUGAGCUGCAUGAUGAUAAUUAUGUCCUCAAGGCGAUGAAAUUUUGUGAAAGACCAAAGAGUAAUGCUGUGGCACGCAAUCUUUCGGCCAAUGGAUGGGAAGGUUCCAGCAAUACCAACACUUCCCAAUCUCAGAUCCCUCAUCCUCCUAUGCCAAAUAUACCCGGUAGGUCUGCCACAUCACCUCCUAUCCCCGGGAUACUCAAGCCAUGCGUCAAGCAUGAACCGCCUCCUUCAAGUACUUGAUUAUGUUGCUGUAGACUGUAGUUGUUAUCUCAUAACAUUUGUAUAUCGUGUAAAAUAUUAUGCCUUAAACCUGCUCUAGCUCCCCAAUCACCUAGUCACUCAGAUUCUUUUUAGCUGUUUUCAAAGAACAGAGGAUAGUAUGUUCUUAGAGUAAUACUACAGGUACUCCGACAGUAAAAAUCUUGUAUGGCGUGGCACGUUAUGAUUGGUUGGUUGUCGAAUUAAAGGGUUCGUGAUUUGAUAGUCAACCAAUUAUAUCGCACCAUGUCGGAUUGAGUUUUUACUGUCAAGAGUAACUCUAUCAUUAUCCAUAUUUCUUGUGGUACUGUUUAGGGACUUUGGCUGUUUGGGGAUUAGCUGCAUCUUUCACUGUAGGCAUUUGUAAUUGUUGUUAUCAUUAUAUUCACUGCCCUUUAGAAGCCUAUUUAUGUGAGGAUAUAGUUCAGUUUGAA